UCAAAGGUUACAAACAAAAUGGCGGAACACCAAAGCGCUGCAGCUACAGUUCUGUGAGCGUCUAUUUUGAUGUUACAGAGUCUCUUUUCUGUAUCAAUGAAGUAACGGUUCCAUGUCGUUCAACCCCUCUUCGGAACUAAUCGCUUCUCUUUAUUAUUUUAUGUGGAAAUACUUCCGCGGAGUUCUUACGACGGUCUCCGGGUGAACACAUCUCUUGGGGAGCCCACAGCACAGCGGCUUGCAGCUGCAGAUCUGUCCGCUGUGUGAUGAGUUUUCUCUGAUGGUCUUCAGCAGCUCUAACUGAAGAGCACCAUUACGGAUGCAUGACUUAUUCAAGCUCUAAUCAAAGAUGAACAAGAAGAAGGAUAAAGGAUUCGAGAGUCCACGACCUUUUAAAUUGACCCAUCAGGUGGUGUGCAUCAACAACAUCAAUUUCCAAAGGAAGUCUGUCAUUGGUUAUGUGGAGCUGACCAUUUUCCCCACAGUGGUCAACCUGAACAGGAUCAAGUUGAAUAGUAAACAGUGCAGAAUCUACAGGGUCAGAGUCAACGAUCUAGAAGCCCCUUUCAUUUACAACGACCCCACCCUUGAGGUGUGCCACAACGAGUCCAAGCAACGGAACCUGAACUAUUUCUCCAGUGCCUACACAGCGGCUGUAAGUGCUGUGGACCCCGACGCUGGGAAUGGAGAACUGGUGAUCAAAGUUCCCUCUGAGCUCUGGAAACAAGGAGAUGAGCUGAAGGUGUUAAAGGUUUAUAUUGAGUUUUCAUUGGACCAGCCCAAAGGGGGUCUCCACUUUGUUGUUCCUGAUGUGGAAGGCAGCAUGGCAGAGAGGGGGGCCCACGUGUUCUCCUUUGGAUACCAGAACUCCACAAGGUUCUGGUUCCCCUGUGUGGACUCCUACUCAGAGCUGUGUACAUGGAAGCUGGAGUUCACUGUAGAUGCGUCCAUGGUGGCAGUGUCCUGUGGGGACCUGGUGGAGACCAUCUACACCCAUGACAUGAGGAAGAAGACAUUCCACUACGUCCUCCCCAUCCCCACUGCGGCUCCGAACAUCUCCCUGGCUGUGGGGCCCUUCGAAAUCCUUGUGGACCCCUACAUGCACGAGGUGACCCAUUUCUGCCUGCCGCAGCUGCUCCCUCUGCUCAAACACUCCAUGUCCUACCUGCACGAGAUUUUUGAGUUCUACGAGGAGAUCCUGACGUGCCGCUACCCUUACUCCUGUUUUAAGACCGUGUUUGUGGACGAGGCCUACGUUCAAGUGUCAUCCUAUGCGUCGAUGAGCAUUUUUAGCACCAACCUGCUCCACAGCCCUAUGAUUAUAGACCAGACCCCUCAGACCCGACGCUGUCUGGCCCAGGCCUUGGCCCAGCAGUUCUUCGGCUGUUUUAUCUCCAGAAUGUCCUGGGCUGAUGAGUGGGUGUUGAAGGGCAUCUCUGGCUACAUUUAUGGUCUGUACCUGAAGAAGACCUUUGGAGUCAAUGAAUACCGGCACUGGAUUAAAGAGGAGCUGGACCGGAUUGUGGAGUAUGAAUUGAAGAUGGGGGGUGUUCUGUUGCACCCCACCUUCAGUGGAGGCAAAGAAAAGGACAACCCCACUCCCCACCUUCACUUCUCCAUCAAGCACCCCCACACCCUGUCCUGGGAGUACUUCAAGAUGUUCCAGUGUAAGGCUCACCUGGUUAUGAGGCUGAUUGAAAACAGAAUCAGCAUGGAGUUCAUGUUACAGGUGUUUAACAAACUCCUGAGCCUGGCCAGCACAGCUUCGUCUCAGAAAUACCAGAGCCACAUGUGGAGCCAGAUGCUUCUGUCGACGCACGCCUUCCUCAAAUCCAUCUCCAACGUCUCUGGCAAAGACAUCGGGCCUCUGAUCAAGCAGUGGGUAGAUCAGAGCGGGGUUGUGAAAUUCUUUGGCAGCUUUGCUUUCAACAGGAAGAGGAAUGUGCUGGAGCUGGAGAUCCGCCAGGACUACACGUCCUCUGGAACUCAGAAAUACGUGGGACCCAUCAAGGUGACGGUCCAGGAGCUGGACGGCUCGUUCAACCACACACUGCAGAUAGAGGAGAACAGUCUGAAACAUGACAUCCCCUGCCAUUCAAAGAGCAGACGAAACAAGAAGAAGAAGAUUCCUCUGAUGAAUGGAGAGGAAGUUGACAUGGAUCUGUCGGCAAUGGACGCCGACUCUCCACUGCUGUGGAUUCGGAUAGAUCCAGACAUGUCCAUCCUGAGGAAAGUGGAGUUUGAGCAGGCCGACUUCAUGUGGCAGUAUCAGCUGCGCUACGAGAGGGAUGUGGUAGCACAGGAGGAAGCCAUCACAGCACUGGAAAAAUUCCCAACUCCCGCCUCCAGAUUGGCUCUGACUGACAUCCUGGAGCAAGAGCAAUGUUUCUACAAAGUCCGCAUGCAGGCCUGCUUCUGCUUAGCUAAGAUCGCCAACUCCAUGGUGAGCACCUGGCAGGGUCCACCCGCCAUGAAGUCGCUCUUCACCAGAAUGUUCUGCUGCAAGAGUUGCCCCAACAUCGUCAGGACCAACAACUUCAUCAACUUCCAGAGCUACUUCCUACAGAAGACGAUGCCGGUUGCCAUGGCGCUACUCAGAGAUGUGCAGAACCUCUGUCCCAAAGAUGUCCUCAACUUCAUACUCGACCUCAUCAAGUACAACGACAACCGAAAAAACAAAUUUUCAGAUAACUACUACCGGGCCGAUCUGAUCGAGGCCCUGACCAACUCCCUCACUCCAGCCAUCAGCAUCAACAACGAGGUGCGAACGGUGGACAACUUAAAUCCCGACGUCCGGCUCAUCCUGGAGGAGAUCACACGCUUCCUGAACAUGGAGAAGCUGCUGCCGAGUUUCAGGAAUACCAUCACUGUUAGCUGUCUGAGAGCUAUCCGCCAGCUUCAGAAGAACGGCCACAUUCCCAGUGACCCGUCUCUCUUCAAGGCCUACGCUGAGUACGGACACUUCAUAGACGUUCGUGUUUCCGCUCUGGAAGCUUUGGUCGACUACACAAGAGUUGAACGGAGCUCAGCAGACCUGCAGUGGCUGCUUGACAUGGUCCAGAGUGACCCUGUCCACUAUGUCAGACACGAGAUUCUGGGCAUGCUCUGUAAGAACCCACCGUUCACCAAGUCAGCAGACUCUGGUCUGUGCAAUGAAGCUCUGGUCGAUCAGCUCUGGAAACUUAUGAAUUCAGGUACGGCUCAUGACUGGCGGCUGCGCUGCGAUGCCGUCAACCUCUACUACACGCUGUUCGGCCUCACCCGGCCGUCCUGCCUGCCGCUGCCGGAGCUGGGCCUGGUGCUCAACCUGAAGGAGAAGAAGGCUGUCCUCAACCCCACCAUCAAGCCUGAGCUCGGAGUCGGCGUCGUCAUGGACACGCCAGCCAGCAUAGGCAUCCAUGGCGUGGGGAUUAGCUAUGCAGCUGUGGACGAAGAGCCAGAUCCUGUCUCAUUAGGGGUGUGUGGUGUGGGCCAGCCCCCUCUGGGCCUGAAGAGGAAGGCUGAGACCCCUUUGGGUUCCCCCCCGGAGCCGGGGCAGAUUCUGCAGCACCAGGAGGAUGAUGGGAGAGCUGGACGCUACAAGAUCAGGUUCAACACCAUGGAGGAGGAAGACAUUGACAUGGAGACGGUCCAUGACAGUCAGGCCUUCAUCCACCACCAGCUCAACCUGUUGGAGAGACCUUCCACUCCAGGUAAAGAGCCGCCGCUGGUGGAGCAGUCCCUGCUGUCCACGCCCGCCACGCUUGCUCCGCCGUUCUCCAAGGAAACGGCCUCAUUGUCCUUCAAGCACAGCGGUGACCACGCCCACCACCACCACCAUCACCACCAUGAGCACAAGAAGAAGAAGAAGAAGCACAAGCACAAACACAAGCAUAAGCACAAACAUGAGAGCAAGGACAAGGAGAAGGAGAAGGACCGGGACAGGGACAGGGACAGGGACAACUCGUACGCCUACAGCAACAGCCCGGCCAGCGGCAGGUCCCUGCGUUCGCCCUCGCUGUCCGACUGAACAUCUGGACCCCUUUUGGCUCCCAAGUGCCAGCAGUUUGCUAAGGAUCGUUUGCAGGCAUGUGUGUGACAGGCGCCAACACACACAUGUGUGUGUCCACGUUUGUGUUCACGUGUGGCGCAGCUGCUUCAGUAGAAUCAGAUGAAACAUGAGCUAAGCUGAGGCUGAUGUGUCAAACAGUUGAACCCUCCAACAUCCAACAUCCUACACACACACACACGCCCACACACCAUCUUAGCUGACCUCAGAGUCUCUUCCUCCCAAGCGGAGCCACCACUCUGGUGAACCUCAACCCAAACCUCAGCCAGCGGCUCCUGAGGUCAAAUAGAACAUGGAACGGGCUCCUGGGGGUCCAUAUCACUGACUGCUCUGUGCCGCCAUGGGCUUUGUUUUAAUGCCUCCGAUUCCCUGUUGCCCUCAAUGAUUUAAGAAACUGUUGUGUUUUAACAAGUCGGUUCCAGUACCGCAGCGGCUCUCUGCGGCUGGUUUUCUAUAAGCAGAAUAAUCAACGUUUUUCCUCAUGUUCUCUGCAGCAACAAUAAAAGCUUUCAGAGAAGAGCGGAUAUCCCAGAGAUCGUCACAAACAGUCACUGUGCUGCCAGCCACAGCUUUGCUGCCCACUCUCUGUUUCAGCUGGUAGAGCGUGUUGUAGCAGAAAGUCUGAAACUAGCUUUGGUUCUACAGAGGAACACGGUUCUGGUUUUAAACUGACCAAAACACAGCAGGUAAAAUCUAUAUGCAGCUUUGGUUUUAAUUGUUCUGACUUUGGAGUUUUGGUUCAAAAUUGUUGGAAGGAAAAUAAAUUCUCUUUUUAUUCUUGGGAAGUCGUUUGUUCUAUUGAGACUGGCCCAAUGCACAAUGUUCUUUUUUUAAAAUUGUCUCUUGAUUUUUCCCUCCAUCGGCUCUGGCUGAUUGGAAAGUUACUGAAAAGCACUGAAAACUCAGUUUUUCCUUUUAAUAAAUCCAAACCAAAAAUGUA